CGUCGUGCGGUGCCUAUCCUCCUCGCUCCUCCCGCCGCAAACCACACCUCCGUCUCCCCAGCAAUUCCCAGAUCGCCCCUCCGCCGAAACGGGAGCUGCUCCUCCGCGGCGGCGCCCCCCCCCCCCCCUCCCUGAACGCUCCCCACGCCAUGGCCCUCUCCCGCCGCCUCCUCCCGCUCUUCCUCCGCCGCGGCGCCGGCGCCCGCGCGCACCUCUCCACGGCUGCCGCGGCGGCGUCCGCCUCGGAGGGGGAGGACGAGCAGUCCGUCACCGUCAAGGGCGUCCGCAUCUCGGGCCGCCCGCUCUACAUGGACAUGCAGGCCACGACCCCCGUGGACCCGCGCGUCCUCGACGCCAUGCUCCCCUUCUACCUCUCCCGCUACGGGAACCCGCACUCCCGCACCCACCUCUACGGCUGGGAGUCCGACGCCGCCGUCGAGGCCGCGCGCGCCCGCGUCGCCGCCCUCGUCGGCGCCGACCCGCGCGAGAUCUUCUUCACAUCCGGCGCCACCGAGUGCAACAACAUCGCCGUUAAGGGCGUCAUGCGCUUCUACCGCGACCGCCGCCGCCACGUCGUCACCACGCAGACCGAGCACAAGUGCGUCCUCGACUCCUGCCGCUACCUGCAGCAGGAAGGAUUCGAGGUCACCUACCUCCCCGUGCGCGGCGACGGCCUGGUCGACCUCGCGCAGCUCGAGGACGCCAUCCGCCCAGACACCGGGCUCGUCUCCGUCAUGGCCGUCAACAACGAGAUCGGCGUCGUGCAGCCGCUCGAGGAGAUUGGGCGUAUCUGCAAGGAGAAAGGCGUGCCGUUCCACACUGAUGCCGCGCAGGCGCUGGGGAAGAUCCCGAUUGAUGUGAACAGGAUGGGGAUCGGGCUCAUGUCCCUCUCCGGGCACAAGAUUUAUGGCCCCAAGGGCGUGGGGGCGCUCUACCUUCGCAGGCGGCCGCGUAUCAGGGUGGAGCCGCAGAUGAGCGGUGGUGGGCAGGAGCGUGGCAUCCGCAGUGGCACGGUACCCACACCGCUCGUCGUUGGAUUUGGUGCUGCCUGUGAGAUUGCGGCUCAGGAGAUGGAUUAUGACCAUAGGCGUGUCAGUGCCCUGCAGCAAAGGCUGCUCGAUGGCAUCCGAGCGCAGGUUGAUGAGGUUGUCAUCAAUGGAAGCAUGGAGCAUCGUUACCCAGGCAACCUUAACUUGUCAUUUGCAUAUGUGGAGGGGGAGAGCUUGCUGAUGGGGCUGAAGGAGGUGGCUGUAUCGAGUGGUAGUGCUUGCACUAGUGCCAGCUUGGAGCCCUCAUAUGUGCUGCGGGCGCUCGGGGUGGAGGAGGACAUGGCGCACACCUCUAUUCGCUUUGGUAUUGGCCGCUUUACCACCGAGGAAGAGGUUGACAGAGCAAUUGAGCUCACUGUGCAUCAGGUGAAGAAGCUCCGUGACAUGAGCCCACUCUACGAGAUGGCCAAGGCUGGUAUUGACCUCAAGAGCAUUGAGUGGUCGCAACACUGAGGUGACUUUCAUGACAAUCCGUCACUUGAAAGUGCUUUUGAUGUACACGGAUCGCUUAAUUAGCGUCUCUUUGUGGCUAUCUUUGUGUGCCACUCUACAUAAUCCUUUCGGGGUCUGUUCUUAUUCUGCGUCUGAGAGCUUCUUGGUGACUAUUGUUCUCUGAAAGACCAUAUGAAGUCAUUAGCUAUAUUCUCCUAGUUCGUACCAUAAUAAUCUACAAAAUUAUGAAGGAAAGGCAAGAUUCCCAAUUUAUAAAUCUUGAUUUGGCCAAUUCGUAGUUGUUAUGGAUCAUCUUGUAUCAUGGAUAUUGAUGUCAGUACAUUUUUUUAGUACCAGGAGUAAUCUCUAUUCAAAAUUGGUACCUCAUUUUGGAACUCUUUCAGGCUUCGUGUCUGGUACUGUGAAGACAUUCCAUUGGGUGGAAUGAUUUCGAUACUCAAAUAGUCAGAUUACAACAUGAUUCACAUCAUCUUAUACUGGAACUUCCCAUUGUUCGGCUCUUGGAUGGGACGCUAAGAUGUAUUCUGGAGGAUUAGCUAUGCUUUUUAUGGUAGAGUAUCUUGACACUAAAUAAAGAUACUUCAAAUACUCGAUAAUGUAUCAUCUGGAAUAAAAGUUUAAAGUAGCUAGCAGUGGCAGUGCUGUGAAUAUCUCUUGGUGCUGAUUAAAUAAAUUGAUGUUACUAGCAUAGUGCUCGUGCGGUGCUACAGGCAAUAAUAGACCUAUGUAAUACCAUCAACUUUGUAUUUAUUCACCGUGAUUGUGCGAGACAUUGACAGUUCAUGUUCCAAUUGCAUUUCAAA